AUGGCCGGCCGCUUGCUUGCCUGCUUCACGUUGGCCUUCUCCGUGCUAGGCGUAUCAGGGGCUCCAACCGCAGGAUCAAACAAGACAGACGCUGCUUACAUUGGGAUACCCAUCUCCAACCCCGGGGUUCUCAACGCCAUUCCGAACCGGUACAUUGUGGUGUAUAAUGGCACCUUCAACAGUGCCGAAAUCGACGUCCACCAGAAAAGCGUCAAGCAAGCAAUAGCAAGACGCAACAUUGCCAGACGCUCGCUCAGCGGCAAACUCCUAUCCACCAGCGUGGAUACUUACCAGAUCGGUAACUGGCGUGCCAUGGCUCUCGAGGCCGACGACUUGAUGGUGAACGAAAUCUACUCGGCUAAGGAGGUCAGCUACAUCGAGCAAGACGCCCGCGUUAGCCUCAAUGCCAGGCAGAUGCAGGGACGGACUACCUCCGGCUUGGCUCGCAUCAGCCAUGCCCAGCCCGGAGCCCGGACGUAUGUUUUUGAUAGCAGCGCAGGCCAGGGCAUCACAGCGUUUGUGGUGGACACAGGAAUCAAGGUGACACACUCGGAGUUCGAGGGGCGAGCGAGUUUUGCGGCCAAUUUUAUCAACAACGUGGACACAGAUGAGGAAGGUCACGGUAGCCAUGUUGCAGGAACUAUUGGUGGGAAGACAUUCGGCGUCGCUAAGAACGUGAAGCUCGUUGCCGUGAAGGUUUUGGGAGCCGACGGCUCAGGCACAAACUCUGGAGUUCUCGCCGGGAUGCAGUUUGUUGCUCAAAACGCCACCGCAACGGGCCUUGCCGGAAAAGCCGUCAUGAACAUGUCUCUAGGCGGCGGGGCCAGCCGGGCGGUCAACGCCGCCAUCGACAAUAUCGAAAAAGCUGGUGUCGUUCCAGUAGUGGCAGCCGGUAACGAGGCUCAAGACGCGAGGAACGACUCGCCUGCCUCCGCCGCAGCUGCCAUCACCGUAGGUGCUAUCGACCAGACCAACGAUGAGAUCGCCAACUUUUCCAACUUUGGCCCUAUCGUCGAUGUUUUUGCCCCCGGCGUUGACGUGCUCAGCGUCGGCAUCCAGACUGACACCUCAACCCAAACGUUGAGCGGCACUAGCAUGGCCUCGCCUCAUGUUGCUGGCCUGGCGGCUUACCUGAUGGCACUGGAGAACAUCACUGGUGUACAGGAUGUGAGUGAUCGCAUCAAGGAACUCGCGCAAGCUACCGGCGCCCAGGUCAAGGGCGCCCCUCGAGGCACCACCACACUCAUCGCCAACAACGGCUUUGCGUAA